AUGCCUCUCCUGAGCAAUAUUGUUGAGGGUGAAUUUAGGAAGUCCUCUACAUCCUUGUAUUUCAAAGAAGGCUCAUUUGAGAAUCCAACCAAGGAAGUCGGAUUUCUGAAGGGGAAUUUUGUUGCUGAAAUGCCAAGCAAACACACCACCCCUCUAGGUAUUCCUGCCGCAAAGAAACGAGAGAAGAAACCCGCAAAACGAUGUGGUUGUGCAGAUAACCCCAAUGAGACUCUGGGAAUCAUGGAUGACAAGAGCGCGCGGGUGUUCGAGGCGAUCCUCACUCAGAGCGGUCAGUUCGGCUUCUAUCAGAAGAGGGUGUUCCUCUCGACUGCCUCCCUCCAGGCCAUCACGGUGUCCGUCCUCAUGUACGUCUGUGUCGCCCAGCCAGAGUCCGGACAGAUGAAAGGGGAGAGGGGCUGUACCCUGACCAUCAACGACACGGAUCUGGCCCGAGAUCUGCGAACCACAACGAAUGCCACCAACGAUGGUACAAAUGCCCUCCUCUGCCAGCAGACCGGAAGUUUCUUGCAAGAUCUGACGCUGCGCAUGCCGUCCUGGAUGGAAGAGCUCGAUGCGGAAGGAUUGUCCCGGUACACUGUUUACAGCCAAUCGGCGGGCGUGCUGAUGGGCGCGACGAUGGGCGGAAUUUCGGGGGACAUAUUCGGUCGACGCCGUCUCAUGUUCGUGUACUUUCUAAUGACGCUUAUCUUCCACACUCUGACUGGUCUCGCGAACAUCUGGCAGAUCUAUCUGUCCGUCCGAUUUUUCACAGGAUUUUGUGCAGGUGCCUUUUUGUCCAUCAGUUAUGUUAUACCUGUGGAGAUUGUUGGUCACAGUUGGCGCGACGCAUGCGUCAUGAGCAACGCUUGUACACUUGGAGUCGUCUUCUGUUCCCUGGAAGGGCUCAUCACCAACAACUGGAGAUACCUAGCCUUCGUCUCUGGUGCCGUUGGCUUUCCGUUCCUGGGAACAUAUUACUUGGUUCCAGAAAGUAUACGAUGGCUGCUCUGUAAACAGAAAUUCCAGGCGGCAGAGUUCGCCACUAAAGAGUUGAUCUCCUGCAACUUCCGGGUGGUUCCAAAACUGAUCUACUUGCUGGACGAAGCUAGGUCGUCGAUCGUCUGCCACAUGCACGAGAAGCGAUACACGUAUCUGGAUUUCUGCCACUCACGUCAUCUCUUCAAACAGACUGUAGCCUUGAUCUAUAUUUGUCUUGUAGCAUCAACUGUAUAUUUCUGCUUGGUAGAGAAGACGCAACACGUCAUAGGAAAUAUAUACGUGGAUCGCUGUUUUCCAUAUGUACUGGACCUUCCACUGGCCUGGACAGCAAUAAUUGUAAAUAAAUGUUCUGGCCGACGCUGGUGUCUCUUCCUCUACGCCGUGGCUUCAGGACUGAUUCUGUUUUCCAUGAUCGUACUACACAUGACGGGAAACCUCCAGUCGAUGCCCAGCAUGGUCCAGGGCAUGGCGCUGUUUGGCAAGCUAGGGGUGACGGCGUCCAUCUCACUGAUAGCGAUCUCAGCAUUGGAGAUGUACCCCACGGUGAUCAGGUGUAUGGGUGCGGCGGUAGCCCUAGCCUCAGUGACGGGCGGAGCAAUACUUUCAUAUCAGUUCAAAUUUCUAGAAGCAUACCAUUAUAUUGUGCCUUUCAUUAUAUUUGGAGCCAUGAUGAUUUCUGUGGGUCUCGUGGGCCUUGUGUUGCCGGAAACAAUGGGCAAACCACUCCCCAAUAUAUUGCCUUGUAAACAUCGAACGCUUCCAUUGCACGACUCGGCCACCUUGAUCAACGCAUGGAACACCACAUAGUCUAGUCUGGUGCAGCUUCACUUGCAGAUAUUCCUUGUUCAGUAUUUCACGUGCUACUGAAAUAUUCAGUUCAUUUCAACAGGGACCAGUUAUUGUGGACGAACAUGUCUAUCACGAACUUGAUGAGGCCAACACAAGAACAUUUAUUUCAUUGACGGAUCCAGUUUGGGGCCCCAAGGAAACCGGUCCCUUUUUAUUAAACUACAAACUAUGCCCACUUCAUAUAUAACUAUAACAAUGUUUGUAUUUGAUCUUUAAAUAUCACCGAAUUUUAGUUUUCAUUAAAGGGACAGUCCUGAGUUUGUUGCCGUUGUCAAGAUGUUGCGGACUACCAGAGACGUUUCAAGGACAACAGAUUUGAAUUAAAUACAUUUUCCUGUAUAAAAUAUCAGUGCUUGUAUAUUUAAAUGUGUUUCUGGUCGUCCCAGUAUUGUACUAGCUGAAACUUCAUUACGUUUCCCAAUAAAUAUUUUGGUUCGUACGACCGACGCCAUAUAACCGUAAAUAAAAUGUGUUGAGUGCGUCGUUAAAUAAAACAUUUCCUUCCUUGUUCGUACGUACGAUAUUGUUCGGAGACCAAAUCCAGUUUGGGCUACAUACAAAUAACAGGACAACAAGAAACAUUGAAUAUACAAACACCUAUAUUCUAAAGAAGAAACAAUAUUUAGUAUGUAAUUUUAAUGGUUAAAAUAUUUUAUUAGU